GCCGCGAUACUACUGCAAUUCUCGAGAAGCUCGACCACGGCAGGAGCCCUAUAGGACUGCAUAGCAAGACCUGUUCGUAUCACCGUAUAGCCCAACACUUUGCAUGAGAACAUCUGCGUCGGAAACAUUACUUAUGACCAAGGUGUCCCCCACCCAAGGCGGCGAUGGUAAGAAACCACGCCCCCCGUGGUCGACGCUGUCAACUAGGGCGGCCGAAUCCCGGUUGCCUGGCUGGAUCCCUAAGCGAGACCGUCAUGAGGCCGGCUCUUCCUCCGGCACAACGCCCAAGCAGAGGUCCGUCAAAAGACCGUUCACCAAGCAACAAGCAGACGGUGAGGAGACUCAGCCACCAGGGACUGUGCUGUCAUCAAGGGGCGCCGACAACCAACGGCCCGGCUGGAUAUCAGAGCGGGAUUGGCAGGACGCCGGCUCUUCCUCGGGCACUAGGCACAGUCCCGUCAAGAGGUUGGGUCCCGGCUCCAGGCCCGCCAAGACGGCACGAAUGCAGCGCAGGACGGCAGCCGUGACUGCCACCGUUUCCGGGAUGCCUCGCCGCCGUCGCUCGCAGGAGGACGUCCCCCGACGCAGCCAAACGGUAGCCAGCCUUAACGUGAGGGACCGUCAAAACGCGGACGACGACGACGCCACCGGAGGACGCAGUGGCGUUUCUAUGGAGGCUGACCAUGUGCAGAUAUUAUCUAGCGCGUUCGACGAGGUGAUGAGGGAAGCUUCGGCAUCAGUACACAUGUUAAUAUCGUCCUGCGUCGCAAUGAACGAUUCUGGCCAGCAGUCUGGAAACGAGUCUUCUUCAUAGUAGAGCCGGUACGGCUGGUUUCGCGCUCCGGACCACUAGGACAUGCCGCUACUGCUCCACACAGGAGCUUAUUAGCGCCUUAUAUUUAUUCUCACGUGGAAAUCAUAGUUUUGUAUACUAUUUUUAACUUAGAGCUCCGAUGGCUUACUGAGCCGGCUUGUUAUAUUGAUUACUGUUUUUGCUUUUAGUAUAUUUUACGCUUUUGGAUGUUGUGACUGCGUGCCCUAUUGUACGUACACAAGUUAAGUAAAUCCCUGUGAAUUUC